AUGAGUGUUCGUCGUCGUUGUUAUUAUCAUCAUCACUGCGUUCUUCUUUUAGUAAAACUCGCGUUUGUGCUUUUUUUAUGCGCUGAAGAUGAAAGCAACGAGAGAAGAGCAACUUUGUUCGUUUCGGGGGCGAAACCAUCACCGCGAGGAAAAGGAGGAAAAGGAAAAGGAAAAGACAGCAUCGGUUUAGAGGAGUUAAAAACGAAGUUAUCGAUUGCGGAGUCGGCGAUCGCGAAGGUGACGCAAGAGCUCGUCGCCAGAGGGGAAGAUAUUGGGGAGAAGAAGAAGAUUAUGAUGAAAGGAGAUUCCGAAGAGGAAAAGGAAGAGGAAGAGGAGGAGAAAAACAACGACAACAACAAGAAAAGAGUUGAAUACGUUUCCAGUUGGGGAUCGCUGAACAACCACUUUCAAUACGUCUCGGAUACGUACAACGAUUAUUUUGGUAACAAUAAUAAGAAAGGCGGUUCCGGCGCUUCGUUGAGUUCGGCGCUGUUCGGCGGCGGCGGCGAUAGAAAUAGAGGUAAUAGCGACGAUAAUAGUAGAGUAGCUGGGGAGGGAGAAGAGAAGAGUAGCAGUAAUAACGAUGAUGAUGACGACGACAGUGGUGACAAAAACAACGAAGGAGAAAUCUCGUCGUCGUCGUGCUCGCCGUCGUGUUCCAAAUACCACCGGUGCGUGGAUGGGAAAUGUCGAUGUCCUGUUUUGUAUUCGGGACCGAAUUGCACGGAAAACGGAUUCGAACGAGCCAUAGAUACGAACGUCUUCGAAAAGGAAAAAGUAAUCAAAUGCGCCAUGGGUGUCAACCACGACCCGUUCUAUUCGCAAUACGAAGAAAAGUACGGCGAAAAAGCGGACAGAAAAAUGCGCGUGGCGCACAUUCUCCGUUCGCGAUUCAUCGCGACGACGAAAGAAUCUGCUCCAGAUCUGCCCGAUUUACUCCCGUUCAAUACGUGCGCCGUCGUCGGAUCCAACGGUAACAUCGAGAACAACAAAAACUACGGCAAAGAUAUCGAUACUCACGACGUUGUCAUUCGAUUCAACGACGCGCCAACCGUCGGUUACGAAUCCGUCGUCGGCGCGAAAACAACCAUUCGCAUCCAAAAUUCCGAUUUCUGCGCCAAAGGCGAACGAGGCUCAAAAAAUUUCGGCAACGAAGUCUGCGUCCACUACACCGCCUCUCCACCGGAUAAAAUGUGCGAACGCGAUAAAUCCAAAGGCGGCAAAGGAGGUUCUUCCGCCGGCAACGGCUCUUGCCGCCUCGUCUACCCUUCUCACCGCGACAGCAAAUACAUCUUCUGGUACUGGAAACUCAACAAAAUCAAAGGCGUCGAAGACCUCUCCUGCGCGGAAAACCAAAAGCUCGGGAAGAAGUGCAACAUGUUGAAAAUGUCCGCCGGGUAUUACGGCAUACAAUUAGCCUUGAACUUAUGCGGUAAAGUCAAUUUAUACGGUUUCGGCACGAGCCGAGAGACGCGAGAGACGAAACAUUACUUCGUGAAGAAAAGCGCCUCCUGGGACCGCAAAGGCUGGGCGCAACGACACCACUGGUCGUACGAAAGGUUUUGCAUCGACGCGUUCGAAGACGGGUUAAUCGAUGGGUUGAAAGUGAAUCCUUGUAGUAUAUACUCCGCGCAAAGAGCAAAGAGAGAUUUUUUAUCAACAAACAUAAACACUUUUUCAAGUUUUUUGUCAAAUCGAUUUUUCUUCAAAAACCUCAAAAAAAGCUCAAAGCAUUGGAUAAAAGAGACGAAGAUGUUGAGCUCAGUCUCCUCGAAGUUUCUCUUCCGGACACACCAUCAGUGGCCAAAUUAUUAUCGUCGUCAUCACGCGCAAUACGUUUUGAAGAGGACAACUUUGCGCGCGCUCUCAUCUACCGCGGAAGGUGGUGGUGGUAAUGGUGGAGGACGUUCGGUGACGACACAAACCGCCAACGUGGACGCAAAAAAAUCCAACGCGCAACAACAACAACAAUCACAAAUAGAGUUGAAUCCUCCGAAAGGCACGCGAGAUUUCCCACCCGAGGAAAUGCGAAAACGAAACUGGCUCUUCGACAGUUUUCGCCAAACGGCGUUGUUGUUCGGGUUCGAAGAGUUCGACGCGCCCGUGUUAGAAUCCGAGGCGUUGUUUACUCGCAAAGCGGGCGAGGAGAUUCAAGGACAGCUGUAUAAUUUUUCGGAUAAAGGCGAUCGAAGAGUGAGUUUACGACCGGAGUUGACGCCGAGUUUAGCGAGAUUGAUCAUGCAGAAAGGGAAGAGUUUAGCGGUGCCGGCGAAGUGGUUCGCGAUUGGGCAGUGUUGGAGAUACGAGAGGAUGACUCGAGGGAGGAGAAGAGAGCAUUACCAGUGGAACAUGGACAUCGUCGGCGUGGAAGGCGUGGAGGCGGAGGUGGAACUGUUGAGCGCGAUUUGCCAUUUCUUUGCGAGCGUGGGGAUUACGAGCGAAGACGUCGGUAUCAAGGUGAACUCGAGGAAAGUGUUAGCGAGAGUAAUGGAAAAAGCGGGCGUGCCGGAGGAGAUAUUCGCGAACGUGUGCGUCGUCGUGGACAAAAUUGAAAAAUUACCGAGAGAGAAAAUCAUCGAAGAGUUGAGAGAGGUUGGGUUGAACGAAGAGGCGACGCAAUCCGUUUUGACGUGCAUGGAAACAAAUUCGUUGGAAGGAUUGAAAAGUUUAUUAGGCGAAGAAGACGAGUGCGCGAAAGAGAUGGAGAAGUUGUUCGUAUUAGCGAGAGCGUAUGGGAUUGAAGAUUGGUUAGUCUUUGACGCGUCCGUGGUGAGAGGAUUGGCGUAUUAUACCGGGGUUGUUUUCGAAGGUUUCGAUCGACGAGGCGAGCUGAGGGCGAUUUGUGGCGGUGGGAGGUACGACGGGUUGAUUAGCACGUUAGGCGGUGAAUACACUCCUAUGGUUGGUUUUGGCUUUGGCGACGCGGUGAUUGUGGAAUUGUUGAAAGAUCGAGGCUUGAUGCCGGAGGAGGCGUUGAAAACGAUGAAUGUGGACGACGUGGUGUUUUCCAUGGACGAAAGUUGCCGAGAAACGGCAAUGCGAGCGGCGAGUGUUUUGAGGAAAAACGGGAGAAGAGUAGACGUGGUUUUAGAGGAUGGGAAAAAGUCCAAGUGGACGUUUAAACACGCCGAACGCGUCGGCGCGAAGCGGUUGUUGACCAUUGGGAAGAAAGAACAGGAAGAGGGGAUUGUCAAGGUGAAGAAUUUGGAAACCAGGGAGGAAGUGGACGUUAGCUUAGAUAAACUCGCAUAA